UGAACUUUCACUGAAAAUAUUAAAAACAGAAUUUCGUACCAAACUCUCGUCCAACUUGAAUUCUCGCGUUGUUCGUGAUUGCGCGGCUAACCUUCCAAACGUGUGUUUGAGGUCAGAAACAUGGCAUCUGAUGGGGUUACAAUGCAUCCACCAAUCCUUUGGGCUCAGAGGGCUGAUGUAGUGUUUCUUACAGUUGAUGUUUCCGAUUUGCAAAAACCAGAAAUCAAAUUAGAUGACAAGAGAUUGUUCCUGAAAGGAAAGUGUGGUCAUGAUGACAAAAUGUAUCUUGCAGAUUUAGAAUUCUUUGGUGACAUAAACCCAAAGGAUUCAAGAUAUGCUGUGAGGGAUAGAAAUAUAGAAUUUAUCAUAAAGAAGAAAGAAAGUGCACCAUAUUGGGACAGGUUAUUAAAAUUGAAAAAUAAGUACCAUUGGUUAAAAACAGAUUUUCAUCGGUGGAAGGAUGAGGAUGAUUCAGAUGUUGAAACAGAUGAUAAAAGUCUAGAAGAUAUGAUGGCUCAGAUGGGAGGCGGUUUUGAUGGCGAUAUGCCAGAUAUGGAUGAUAUCGGGGAUGAGAACGGUAAAGAAACAGGGCCGGAUAGUGACGACGAAGAAUUACCAGAUUUGGAGUAGCCCUUCUAAUGUAUAUACAAUAAUUUGAUACAUGUGCAGUUUUCACUGGCCCAUCCCUAUCUCUGGUGUUUCUGCAAUCAUUUGGGUUUUAGUAUGAAAGCCUCUUUUUGUUUGUCUUUUUUUAAAUUUUUUUUUCCUAAAUUAAAGAUGUACAGUUGAAAGACUACCAGACUUUGACCAUGUGUAUUUUCAGUUAUUAUUUUCAGUAGGUUGUUUUGUAAUUUGUGUUUUAACCCUCUCACUGCCACUCUUGUUAUUGUCCUGUACCGUAUAUUUCAAUUGAGAUCUUUAGCCAUUGGCAAAUGUAUUUGCUCAAAAACUUUUACUUGCAUUUUUUUCCCCCCGGAAGUGUGGAAGUAAUUACAAUACAUGUAUAUGGCAUUGAGUGGGUUAAUUAAUAAUCAUGUCUCCUGAACAUGGUUAAAAUAAAUAAAUACAUUGUUUCUAAUAAUUGUUGCUAUCUUGGGAAAUCUUUAAAAGACAGCUCCCUUGCCUUUUUCAAUCCUCAUAAUCAUUAGUUUUAUGCACGUUUCACAACAAGGCGCUUUCAUGCUAGAAUGUUUUAUUUUGUAAGUACAUGUAGUAGUAUAGGGGGGGAAAAUAUUAAAAAUGUAAUUUUUUGUUAUUUUGAAAAAUGUUUCUUGAAAGUUUCUUUUAGAUUACUGUAGUUAUUAACUCUAUAAUCAGAUGAAAUGUGUAUACACUUUUCCCAGUGUAUAAAGUUCCUGGGCAAUGAUUUUUAUGUGACCUUUACAAAAUUAACUGUUGUAAAUGAUAUAGUGUAUAUACAACAAAACCUUUUUUGAGCUAUGUCGAGACUCAUUGAUGUUGUUGCUGUUAGUAAUAGCCAGUCAGCUUAGGUUUUCCAAAAAAAGCAAAAAAAUAUGGUCGGGAUUUUUGUUGGAAUCUAAUUAGACUAUACUUAGCAGACCUGGCAUUGUUGUCCUGGCAACAAUGACUAAUAAACCCAAAGCUAUGUUGAUUUCAACCAUGAAUAUUGAAAGGUGUAUAAUAAUUUGAUGCGACAAUUUACCUGCAGUUUUUAAUUUUGAAGCUAUUAGUUUACAUGCCCCACUCUGAACAUUUUUGAGGAAGGAUUCAUUUUUUUUUUCAAAUUUGGCAUUUACAAUACCCUUCUACAACUUAAUAAUCAAGUGAUCCCCAACCCACCGCACCCAACCCAACCCAACCCAACCCCACCCCACCUGUAUAUAGCAUUAUUGGUGGCUCUUCUCUGCUCAUAUUAUGCACGUUAGCCUUGGUAUCGGCCUUUCAAUAUUCAACCUGGAUGACUUACACCAAUCAUUUAUACACUCCUCCAGCUGACCUGUGCCGUACAUGCAUGCAUACAUAUUACAGCUGAGCUGAGCAAUGCCAUACCUAGAAACAUCCGAGCUGACUAGUCCUUCACCUGCAGCCUGGCUGACCGAUGCUGUACCUGUAUUACAUUCAGCCUGGCUGGCCGGUGCUGUAUCUGUAUACAUUCAGCCUGGAUGGCCGGUGCCGUACCUGUAUACAUUCUGGAUGGCUGGCGCCGUACCUGUAUACAUUCAGCCUGGCUGACCGGUGGCGUACCUGUAUAGAUUCAGUCUGGCUGACCGAUUCCUUACCUGUAUUACAUUCAGCCUGGCUGGCCGGUGCUGUACCUGUAUACAUUCAGCCUGGCUGACCGGUGGCGUACCUGUAUAGAUUCAGCCUGGCUGACCGAUUCCUUACCUGUAUUACAUUCAACCUGACUGACUAGUGCAUAUUAUCCAGCCUGUACCACACAUACACGCAGCCUGACUGACACACACACACACACACACAUGCAUGCCCCAAUGUUUAACCAGGCACACAAUGCUCUUCACUGUGUGCACUGCAGCAAAAUGACAAUUCAACAUAUUAGAUCAUUCUUGUCUGUUAAGGACUGUAUGCAGCUGUACAUGCUCUCAAGAGGGAUUCAUUUCAUUUCAAUUAGAAAUGUUUUUCACAUCACAAAAAAACAAAGCAUGAUAUUGGAGAAAAUAACGAAUAUGCAAUAAAUAGCGAUUAUCUUCAGUCGGAGGUAGGCAGAGGCAAAUUUAUUCCCUGGCAAGGUUUGUACAUGGUAAUUAUCAAAGUGUUUGGUAGUUACAUUUAUCUUUUUGCAUCAUUGUGUGCUCUCUAAUGUAGGGAUCUUGAAUAGUAAUGGGAUUUCAAAAAUCAAGUUAUCUUGAUGCCUACUAGGGAGAGCUAUUCAAGAAAAGAUAAUUGUUGUAGGAAGAACCUGAUACAUGUCAAUUCCUUGAUUUUCACCCUUUAUUAUAUUACAAAUUCCAAAACUAUAAGAAGUUAUUAAAGAUCACUACAUGAGCUAAAGUGCAACUGGUUUCGCCAUUUGUGUGGCAGUGAUGGGCUCAGAGGGCACUCAGUUUGGAAUUCCUGUAAUUAAGUGCAUUUCAAUAGUUCUUGAGUUAACACAAAGCCAUGGUUUCUGCUGACAUACUGUUGUAUUGUGCACUAUACUUCAAGCUCUGGUUUUGAAAACUGCCACAAAUGAUGUCUACCAUAUCUCGAAACAAGUGUUGUCGAUCAUGGAUAUUCACCUUUAGUUAAACUGCGAUUUAGAUAUGCACGAAUGACACUUUGUUCAAACUAAAAUGUGUCGAGAUCUUGACAUUUUUUUUCCUUUAAGUUCACUCACAAAUAAAACAAUGUUGCCAUAACUAUGAAAAUAUCUUUACCAUGUGACCUACGUACUUCAGAUCAUUUUUUUUAGAUCUGUACGUGUACAUUUAUCAACUCAAAAGUCAGUGCUGCAAUAUGUUGAAGAUCGUUGGUCGUCGUGCUGCGCAUGCAUAAGAUAUGGGUGCCAUAACUUGGUUAAUCCUGGGAUGAGUGGACGACAUGAAAUCAAAGUCGGCAUUUUUAGUGCACGUUACUGUCAGAUCAAAACUCGUUCAUGCUUGCUACUGGCAUGUUGUAGGUAAAUCUUAACACUAAUCUCACAAAUGCAUGGUGCGACGACCAACACUGUUUAGUAUAGAACUACUGUGAAAUACUUUGUUUUAGCUGGAAUUAAUUUUCGCUGAAAAAGCUUUUUGGGUGUUUUGUAUGCAAAUUAUUUUCGCUGAUUUUUGAUUAGUUGAAUGCGAGACGUAGAAAAAAAAAAGUAUAUUCGCUGGAUUUUAUUUUCACUGAAGCAUCCUUUCAGCGAAAAUAAAUUCCAAGCGGAAAUAAAGUAUUCUACAGUGAUGGUUGGAUCUGGGCACUAUUGUAGCUCGACUUCCUCCUUUAACAUGUCUCGACUGAUUUUGAAAUAUUGACGUAUAUGUAAUUGUUGAGUCGGAAUAAAAUCAAUAACGACAACUGUAA